UAGAUUUUGACAAAUGACAUUUGACAUUUGUAAAGUGGUUGUGAUGAUAAAAUUUUAAAAUUCAUUGUGUAAUAAAUUCUUGAAUACUCUGUGUUUUGUCACACAACUAAGCGAUGAAUAAUCAAGAACAGACAGUGCAGUUUUGCUACGACAAUCAAAAAUCAUGAGGAUUUCUAAAGGCACAAUCAUUAUUUUAGUCUCAAUGCUACUUAUCUCAAUUUUUCUCGCAAAUGUUGUAAAUUUAUUAAGCACAGAUGGGACUAAAGUUAACUUAUCAAUGAAAGAUGAUUAUCUGAAAGUUACGGAUAGCACUGAUCACUUAAUUUGGUUUUUACAAAUUUCUGACAUACACAUUAGUGUUUUUCAAGACCCCUUUCGCAUAACAGAUUUAAAAGAUUUCUGUUUUCGCACUGUUGACGUAAUUAGGCCUUCUGUGGUGUUAGCUUCUGGUGAUUUAACAGAUGCUAAAACAGCGGAUCAUAUUGGGUCCCAACAGUUGGAAAAGGAAUGGCAAUACUACAGAAAUAUACUCAAUGAAUGUCACGUUAGGGAAAAAACUGUGUGGCUUGAUAUUAGAGGAAACCACGAUAAUUUUAACGUAGCCGGCGCAGAUUCUAAACAAAAUUUUUAUUUAAACUACUCAAUCCAAGGGCGACACCACCCUCGUUCGUAUAUUUACCAAGUAUCACAGGGUUCGGAUUUAUACUCUUUUAUUGGGAUUGAUGCUUGCUUAGACCCAGGCCCUAGACGUCCUUUUAAUUUCAUAGGAAAGCUAGACCAAACCGAAAUAGACCACAUAAACAAACUUAUCGAAAAAACUAAAACAACCGGCAGCAAUUACACUGUUUGGUUUGGUCACUUUCCAACUUCUUGCAUUUUGAGUACAGGGAGUGAGGGUGCUAGAAAUUUAAUCAGGAAAGAUCCUAAAGGUUUGGUAUAUGUUUGUGGACAUUUACACAGACUUGGGGGCUUGGUGCCUAAAAUGUACACUUUGCAACAGUCGGGCUUUUUAGAAUUAGAGCUUGGAGAUUGGAAAGAUAACAGAGUGUAUCGUUUAUUGGCGAUAGAUCACGGAACAUUGUCUUUUGUGGACGUUCCUCAUGGCGAGUGGCCCGUGGGCCUCAUAARUAACCCCAAACAUGCCCAAUUCAUUAACUCGGCGAAAGAGAAUCUCGAAAAUAUUAGAAAGUCUACGCAUGUCAGAGUGUUAGCAUUUUCGUUAGGAGAGAUAACGUCUGUGAAAAUACGUAUAAAUGGUGGUAAAUGGAUGGACCUGUACCACGUGGAGGGUCCCUUAUACGUAUUAAAGUGGAACCCCAAUAAGUACAAUUCAGGGCUCCACACUAUGGAAUUAUUAGUCAAAGACUCCCAUGGAAGGGAAAAGUUUUACUCACAACCCUUUGCAUUGGACGACACUCGUUUAUCGUUUAGUCUUUUAUCUCGAAUAGCAUUAAUGACGGAUGCUAGUACCGUCUUUCGUAUGAUGUUCGUUGUGAUGUUAAUUACGUGUAUAUUACCUUUAAUCGUGUUCCGAAUUCUCCAUAAAAUGGUGGAAGAAAACAAAUUAACUCCUCCGCGCCUCAGAGGCUCUUUUUGCCGGAUGUGGUUGCGCAAAUUCUGGGUGCUCUCAACCGUUGAUCGGAUAUUUUGGCCUAUACUCUUAUACCCUCUUUAUUUGUCUUUCGGCCCAUGGUCGGUGGGGUACUUGGUGGAGGACCAUGUGGGUGUGAUUUUUGCAUGGGGCAUUUUUGUGAAUGGGUCUUACUUACCCGGUUCUUUCACUUACGCUUAUGGAUUUAUUCAGUUAGUUACAUUCCAAAUACCUUUGAUGUUUAUUCUGGCCCACGGAGUGGAUCAUAGCAUCCAAUAUAAAGUAAUAAACGCGCAAAAAAAGAAAACAAUUUGUGGCCACAUUGGAUUACAUUUACCCUUUUUGUUGGUUUUCGGUAUUCAAGUACAGAUGGCGUACUUGUUUUGGUUGGCUUACGGGACUUUGGCCUUUAUUUUGGGGCCUUUGAGGACGUGGUCUCUGGUUUUAGCCGCAGUUUUGUGGUAUAACGCCAUUUAUUUACCAGUAAGGUGUACAAGGUUAAAAGCUGCAAGUUUGCUACAAAUUUUGCCGGCGAGAGAUCACAGCGACAGCAAUGUCCUCGAUAUCAAGCAGUAAUUCGAUGUGUCUUUCCCUAAAUGUACUGAUAUUUUAAUGUAGAAUAAAUCAUUUCUUGAGUUUGGGUUAUGAUAGGGCCAUACACAAAAUUAUAUCUAAUAUAUUUGUCGAUCUAUUUGUGCUUUCAAUAAAUUACUAUGAGACUGCAAUAUUAUUGUAAGACGUUAAUACUGUGGUUGGCUCAUGUGAUAGUUUUUGUUAGUAUUAUAAUAUUUGUAGUUAAUUUUUUUUCUUCCAAUUUCACAUUCUCGACAUAACAAGGUAAAACCUAUUUUUAUAUCUCUUUAUCCCUGUUAGUUUGUGUUACCUGUAUAAGAAUUCUAAAUGCAAUACUGUACUUCAAACGUCAAUCAAGAAAUAAAUAUUGCAGUAGUUA